CCGCGUCCCUGUUACUCAGCGGAGCGGCCGAGGCCGGACGACGCGGCCGGGAACGCAGAGCCGCGAGCAGCCCUGGGUAACGGCCGUGGCGAGCGCCUGGACGGCGCCAGUCCCGCCGGCGGGCUUUCCUGUCGCCGUUCGCUGCGUUGCGGGAUUUUCCUGCUGUGGGUUAACCUAGGAGGGCAGAUGCUCUAAGUGAACAUGUUUAGUGCUGUGCCUGACAAAAGCAAGCAAGAAAUCAAAAUGGGACCUCCUUGAGGACAGGCCUGUCUUGCAUCUGUGUCUCCAGCACCUAGCCUGGAAUAUACUUCUCGGUGAAUAUUUGGAUGAAGCCAUUAAAUUAAUUGUUUGCCAUCAUGAGCAGAAGCAAGCGUGACAGCAAUUUUUAUAGUGUAGAGAUUGGAGAUUCUACAUUUACAGUUUUGAAACGAUAUCAGAAUUUAAAACCUAUAGGCUCAGGAGCUCAAGGAAUAGUAUGUGCAGCUUAUGAUGCCAUUCUUGAAAGAAAUGUUGCAAUCAAGAAGCUGAGCCGGCCGUUUCAGAAUCAGACUCAUGCUAAACGGGCUUACAGAGAGCUAGUUCUAAUGAAAUGUGUUAAUCACAAAAAUAUAAUUGGCCUUUUGAAUGUUUUCACACCACAGAAAUCCCUAGAAGAAUUUCAAGAUGUUUACAUAGUCAUGGAGCUCAUGGAUGCAAAUCUUUGCCAAGUGAUUCAGAUGGAACUAGAUCAUGAAAGAAUGUCCUACCUUCUCUAUCAGAUGCUGUGUGGAAUCAAGCACCUUCACUCUGCUGGAAUUAUUCAUCGGGACUUAAAGCCCAGUAAUAUAGUGGUAAAAUCAGACUGCACUUUGAAGAUUCUUGACUUUGGACUGGCCAGGACUGCAGGAACUAGUUUCAUGAUGACGCCUUACGUAGUGACUCGCUACUACAGAGCACCUGAGGUCAUCCUAGGGAUGGGCUACAAAGAAAACGUUGACAUUUGGUCAGUUGGGUGCAUCAUGGGAGAAAUGAUCAAAGGUGGUGUUUUGUUCCCAGGUACAGAUCAUAUUGAUCAGUGGAAUAAAGUUAUUGAACAGCUUGGAACACCAUGCCCUGAAUUCAUGAAGAAACUACAACCAACAGUAAGGACUUACGUUGAAAACAGACCUAAAUAUGCUGGAUAUAGCUUUGAGAAACUCUUCCCCGAUGUACUUUUCCCAGCUGACUCGGAACACAACAAACUUAAAGCCAGUCAGGCAAGGGACUUGUUAUCCAAAAUGCUGGUAAUUGAUGCAUCUAAAAGGAUCUCUGUAGAUGAAGCCCUCCAGCAUCCAUAUAUCAAUGUCUGGUAUGAUCCUUCUGAAGCAGAAGCUCCACCACCCAAGAUACCUGACAAGCAAUUAGAUGAAAGGGAACAUACAAUAGAAGAGUGGAAAGAGUUGAUAUACAAAGAAGUUAUGGACUUGGAGGAGAGAACCAAGAAUGGAGUUAUACGGGGGCAGCCCUCUCCUUUAGGUGCAGCAGUGAUCAAUGGCUCUCAGCAUCCAUCGUCAUCAUCGUCUGUCAAUGAUGUGUCUUCAAUGUCAACAGAUCCGACUUUGGCCUCAGAUACAGAUAGCAGUCUGGAAGCAUCAGCUGGACCUCUGGGCUGUUGUAGAUGACUACUUGGGCCUUGGCAGGGGGGUGGGGGGAUGGGGAGUCGUUUAGUCAUUGAUAGAACUACUUUGAAAACAAUUCAGUGGUCUUAUUUUUGAGUGAUUUUUCAAAAAUGUAGAAUUCAUUUUGUAGUAAAGUAGUUUAUUUUUUUUAAUUUCAAGUGAUGUAAUUUAAAACUUAAGUUGUGUUUUAAAACAGCAACAAAACUAUUGUAUUUUUGCUGUAAUUAACUGUAUAAUGUAAACCUAAUUAUUUUAUCAUGGUUUAAAAUUUUUGCAUAUUUGCUUUAUCUUAUGCUGCUGAUUUUUUUUUUUUACUGAAUUUGUAAGAUUUUGUUUAUCAAAGCAACUAUUAUGUGGUGACUUGCCUAUAUCAUGAAUUAUUUAAGAUUUUUAUAGGUUUUUUUUAUUAGAAUUUUAUUUCAAAUGUUUUGUUCAUGAUGCUAUCCUUCAGGGUUAUGUGCUUAUCAAUGAAAUAACCCCAGAGGAGUGAGGGAAAAUAACCUGUAGCCGGUUGUAUUCAGGAAUAACUACUGUAAAUGAUGAACGUGUUAAAAAAACCUCCAAUAUUUGCUACUUGCCAAUCUUAAUUUAAUUUCAACAAUUGGUAGGUAAUCCUACAUCCUACAUUGUUUUUUGGCAAAAGCCCCAUCAUCUAAAUGACAGAAUAACUCAGAGCAUGUCUUUGAAGAUGCUGGGCGUCUACCACCACCCUCCUUUUCCCCCCCCACCCCCACCCUACCCCACACAACAGAAGCCAAGUAAAAAGAAUAUGGUAUUUUCUGCAAAUUUGUGGCAUGCUCAAAGAUUAUGAUCACAUAAAGUCAAGAGGAUACUUCAUGAAUAAUACAUUUCAAUGCAAAUAAACAGAUGGUUCACUUCUACUAGCUAUGAGCCUGUUUUUGUAUACACUGAGUUAAUCUACUCAGGCUGUAGGUCCCAGCUGUGGUCUAGAGUCUGGUCUUUCCCUUUCCUGCAGCCUCAGGCCCUUGGACCUGGGACCUUUCUGGUUUCCUAGCAUGAUAUCAGUCAGUUGAGCACCAGUUCUCAAGGCGUUUCUGGCCAUUUGAUUCUACCUGUAGCAUAAUCCUAUUUAUACUAGCUGUCAGGAGGUUCCGAAGCCUACUUCAAUUUCUGUAGGUGAUGUAUCAAAUGAGCAAUAUACCGUUCAUCUGAAAAUAGUAGCACACAGCCAUAUAUAGGAUAUCAUUUUCUAAGGACUGUUUCUUCACAUUGAGCAGAGCAGGCAUAAGUGGUGGUUAUUCAGUCUGAGUCUUUGUUUUUUUUAUACCUGAUUUUCAAUAAAACAUGCAAUGUGGAUGUUGAGUAGGGUAAGAAUGGUGCUGCUCCUGACAAGUGUAUGUUAACUGUUUACAUUUUCUAUCUGCGGAAUUAUUUCUCCACAACUGAAUUUUUCGUAAGUAAAUGUCAUUGAAGUCUCAUUUUCUCUGAAAUACAUCGUCUGUACGGCCCCAGGCACCUUUUGUUAUUUUUGGAACAAGACGGAUUUUAUAUCAUGAACUGGGAAAUGCAUACGUAAAUCAGUGACAAGGUUCUAGGCAGGAAGCCCAUGGGAAUUACUGACCAGUAAGAGCAAGAACUGGUGCAUCUCAACAUGCAGUGUCUGAAAGUUUGCUUGGCCUGUGAUUCGUGUAUUUAGUGCCAGAUUCCUUUUGAGUUACUUAUUUUAGGUUAUUGUUAAUGUGCAAUAUUCAGGAUUAAAAUACGUUAGCCUUUUUAAUAUGCUUUGAAAUAGCAAGUUUGUUUUUGAUGGUUUUAUGUCAUGAUAUCUAGCCUCUGGAGGUUGUCAGCCUUUUUAUCAGUCCCUUUUCUACUCCUACAACAUGGUGCAUUAAUUUUGUUAAGCAAAUUAGAGUUUUGAGACUGUAACACCUCUAGAGUGGCAGAAACAGGAUUGGAUUUACGAUGUUAGCAGAAAUUUGAGCAUGAGUGUGUUCUUAGUUUAUAUUAGUUUGGCAGUUAAUUAGCUUUAUUUUCCCUAGGAUAGAUUAUUUCACUAUUGCACUUUAACAACUGACAUGCUUUCAGAAGUUCCCCAUAUUUUAUGUUUGAUUGCUAAUAAGCCAUCUCUGUUGAUACAGAUUUUGAUUAAGCAAGGAAAACCAGGUGUUCUUCCUGUAUCAUCUGUUGUAAAUGCCAGCUCCCCCUUGCCAGCCAGCAUGUUUCAGUUGAUUCAGAGAAAAGGAAUUCUUAUUCAUUAAUGUAGACUAAAAUACUUGGCAAACUAUAUCCUGAAAACAAAGUUUGCUUGUUAAAUGUUGUGUGCCCUAUGUUUUUAAAAUGCAAUAUCUAAAUACAGCUUUCCCUCAUCCCUUAAAUCUGUGAAGUUAAAGAAGUACUGAUUGUUUUUGUUUUACAGCUUUUUUGAACGUUUAAGACAUCUUAAACAUUUGUGUGUGUUUUAAGAGAAAUUACAAGUAAGAUUUCUGUCCAGCAGUACUUCCAUAAAGCCACCUUGCUUCUCUUAGGGCUUUGGUUUUUCGACUUCAUAUAUAUUUAAUAUAUCCAUCAUCUUACCGUCAAAAAAUUAUUUUGACUAAGAUUUAUUGUUCACAUUUAUAUUAUUUUAUUAUUCACCUUUACAGGAAAGAGACACUAAUUCUUUUCUCAUAGUUCUUCCUGAUUUACUACUCUGUUACUCUCUGAUGUAUACUGACCAUUUGUAAAAUGAUUGUGUUGUUGGGAUUGCUUCGUUACAAUAGACGUGAAUAGAGCAUCUCAACUCUUUGACGCUGCUUGCCGAACAGUUCUCAUUUUGUCACACACCCUCAGCUGCUGGUGUUCCUGGUAUGCACCCUUCCAGGUCGGUAAAGGCACAGUGCUUCACCCCACACGUACUAAGAGAAAUGCCAGCCUUUAAAUGAGGAGGCCACCACACAACCCCCUUCACGGUACAGAGAAGCUUGGUGGUAUGCAAAGCAGCAGACUUGCCUGUACUUUUCACUAUUCUGUUCCUUGUUAACCCUGCUGUUUUGUCUAAAAAGAUGAAGGUGAAGAGGACGUAAGUGUCUGAUAGUGAAAUCAGAAGAGGGCACGUGAAGCUGUUUCAGGGUUACAGAUAAGACUUGGUUUACACUGUCGGCCAGUAUGUGCUACACAUAUGAAGACUUAACUACUCAGUGUUGCCUAGGCACAAGCCUGCACCACACUUUGAGGUAAAGACAUAGUCUAUUUUCAAAAAUACUGUUGUAGUUUGUUUGUGAGUGUUGUUCAUUAGUCACACAUUAGCUGUAGAGUGAAUGCAUGAAGCCCCAUGACCCCAGGAAACUUCUCUUACCAGUAGAAAAACCAAACACCACUGUUCUGUCAUUAGCAGCCCUCUUAAAUGUUGCCUCCAUAUCCUUUACGUGUUAGCGUACAUUGUGUUUCUAUGAUCUCUCUUAGGUUUUUCCUGAAUCAGAGGAAACUACUUUUUCCUUAAUAGCAAGAAAGAUGAAGAGGUAAAGGGCAUUGAAGCAGAAAUGUAUAGUUUGGGGUACGAUUAGAAAACUCGCAAGGAAAACAAAAAUCCGAAUUAAUUUCAAACUAACUGCUCUUAGUUAAGUGCUCUUAAGGAGAGUCUAGUAAGAGUAACAAUUUCUGGCCAUUUCUAGUUUAGAUUCUCUUCGUUACUGAGACUUUUGAGAAAUCUUAUCUGUGGAUUAGUUUUGCACAAUGUUCUAUUCUCACAAUAAUUUACAAAUUAAACUAGGUUUUUAUUGAACUACCUCACACUAAUUUUCUAUGCUUUCCCAAGUAAGCUAUUGCCCUUACUGUAAGCUCUUUACUGAGUGUGAAUUAUAAAUGUGUGUUAAAUACUUUAUAGCCAAUGUUGACACAAUACCAGUAAGUAUGUAAAAUAUAUACCUUGCAUCAGUAAGAGAGACUCAUGCGUAAAAUCUUUCACUGUGUAUCUUGGAAAAUUGUGUUAGAUGUGUUUGUUGGACAUUAUUACUGUCUGUUUUUAUAAGUAGAAACCUGCUCGUGAUAUCAGUCCAUUCUUUACAUUUUACAAAAGGAAUAAAUCUUAGUAAAUUUUACGAAGAAAUAAAUUACUUUUGUAGGCCCGAUAUUUGGUAUAUUUUUGAGAAGCUCUUAAUCUUUUAGCUGAAUGAUGAAGUUAAACUGAACUAGCUGUCUACUUGGACUGUGACAUCUAUUUUCUCAUUACAGUUUAUCCUGUUCAACAGGUUUAAAACCUGAAAACCUACAUAUGAUAAUUGACAUUUGCUUUUCUCCCUAUAUGAUGCCAUUCCUUCUUCAUACCUGUUCCUUCCCUGUGUUCCAUUCCCUCUCCUC